UUCCCAAUGCUCUCACCAUAGAACUGACUCGGACUCGGCGAGCCUGUGCAAAUUCUGAGUCAUGGAGGCCAGCCAGGACACCUCCGUCUUCCUGGUGAAGAUCUUGGAGGAGCUGGACAGCAAGCAAAACUCCGUGUCCUACCAGGACCUGUGCAAGUCCCUGUGCGCCCGCUUCGACCUGCCACAGCUCGCCAAGCUGAGGAGCGUGCUCUUCUACACGGCGUGCCUGGACCCCAACUUCCCAGCCACGCUGUUCAAAGACAAGAUGAAAUGCACUGUGAACAACCAGCAGUCUAAGAAAAUCAUGGUGGCCGCAGACAUCGUGACGAUCUUCAACCUCAUCCAGAUGAACGGGGGCGCUGCCAAGGAGAAGCUGCCCAUGGGCCGGCAGAAGCCGCGCAAGAAGGAGGCGUCGUCCUUUGAGUCCUGCAGGCCGGACGCAGAAGUCUGCCCCGCGGCCGAGUGCGCGCCCCUGAACUGCGAGCUGGACGGCAGACCUUUCGGCCAGGGCUACCCCGCCCGGCAGCCGUCCAAGUGCCGGAAGGUGGACUGCAAGGACUGCCCGCAGUUCGUGCCAGCCUCUGAGCCCAACUUCCUGCUGGGGGUCAGCAAGGAGGCCAAAGCCCGCGCGGCCUCGCUGGACCGGCUGCAGGCCCUGGGCCCGUACGCGGUCGCCAGCCCUCAGCCCUGCGAGAUGCAGAGGACCUACUUCCCCAUGAACAUCGACAACGAGCCCGUCUCGGACCAGGACUCGCUGCCCGUCGCCCAGGGCAUCAAGGAGACCUUCCUCGCCCAUGACGAGCCCUUCGUGGUCCCCUCCUGCGUCCAGAAGAGGAACAUCUUCAAAGAGGAUUUUCACAACCUGAUGCCCGUGUCCCCCGGUUUGGUUGGCCCCUCGAACAAGGCAAAGGGGGAGCAUGGGGAGCCCCCAAGCCGGAAGGAGCCCCACAAGACACCCUUCUUGAACCACAGCUUUGAGAUGCCCUACAACAGCCAGUACCUGAAUCCCAUGUACUCUCCUGUCCCUGACAAAAGGCGGGCGAAGCACGAAAGCCUAGAUGACCUUCAAGCCUCCACGUAUUUUGGACCCACCCCUGUGAUGGGGACCCCGGAAGCCAGGCGCUGCCUGGGGAGGCCCAGCAAGCAGACCCCCUGGCCAGCCAAAAGCUGGAGCCUGAACACGGAAGAGGUCCCUGACUUCGAACGGUCCUUUUUCCAUCGAAACCCUUCCGAGGAGAAGCUGCGCUAUCCAAACGCCGGUGGCAGCCAGUCGCCCAGCUUCCCGGCCCCAGACCAGCGGCCAGCUUACCUCUCGCCAGAGGAGCAACAGCCGAUGCUCCCCAUUGGCUACGCGGCGAAACCCAGCGGGCUCAAAUCUAAGGAGGUCCCGUCCGCCCUUGACCUGGAGAAGCAUGAACCGGCGAAGAAGUUCAAGGACAAGAGUAUCAGCUGCACCAGUGGGCAGCUCAGCUCGGACACCAGCAGUGUGGGCACCCAGACCGAGCAGCACCUGCCGGAGCCCAAGAAAUGCAAAGACCUGGGUGCCUCGGGGCACGGCAGGUACGGGGACAGGCACGCCAGGAAGCAGUCGGACGACGACUCCGAGAUCGUCAGCGACGACAUCAGUGACAUUUUCCGAUUCCUCGAUGACAUGAGCAUCAGUGGCUCCACGGGAGUGAUACAGUCAUCCUGCUACAACAGCACAGGGUCCUUGUCCCAGCUUCACAAGUCCGACUGUGACAGUUCGCCAGAGCGCAACAUCCCCAAAGUGGCCAACGGGCUCCCCGGCAGCAAAGGAGAAAAGGGCAACCGGCUCGACAAUGGCCACCACUCAGAAGAGGAGUUGAAGACCAGUGUCUGCAAACUGGUGCUCCGGAUCGGCGAAAUCGAACGGAAGCUGGAAUCGCUGUCGGGCGUCCGCGAGGAAAUCUCCCACGUCUUGGGCAAGCUGAACAAGUUGGAUCAGAAAAUGCAGCAGCCGGAGAAGGUGAGCGUGCAGAUUGACCUGAACUCCCUGACCAGCGAGGCGCCCUCCGAAGACAGCGCCUCCCCGCGGAUGUUCCGUGCGCACGGUGGCUCCCACGGGCCCAAACUGGAGAGCAGCGCCGCGGACUGGUGCUGCUCCGACGCCAGCGGAAGCAACAGCGAGAGCCUGCGUGUCAAAGCUCUGAAGAAGAGCCUCUUCACCAGGCCGUCCUCCCGGUCGCUGACGGAGGAGAACAGUGCCACCGAGUCCAAAAUCGCCAGCAUCUCCAACUCGCCCAGGGACUGGCGCACCAUCACCUACGCCAGCCGCGCGGGCCUCGGCGAGGAGGAGGUCCCGGACAGAGGCCCUGGCGAGAGCAAGGACUGGCAUCGAAAAUCGAAGGAGGCCGACCGGCAGUACGACACGCCCCCCCAGCACCGCCUGCCCAAGCAGCCCAAGGACGGCUUCCUGGUGGAGCAGGUGUUCAGCCCGCAUCCCUACCCCGCCUCCCUCAAGGCCCACCUGAAGAGCAGCCCCCUCUACACCGACAUGCGGCUGACCGAGCUGGCCGAGGUAAAGCGGGGCCAGCCCGCCUGGACCCUGGAGGAGUACCCCCGGAACGCGGGCGACAAGGGCAAGCUGGCUGCCCUGGACCUGCAGACGCAAGAAUCUUUAAACCCAAACAACCUAGAGUAUUGGAUGGAAGAUAUUUACACUCCGGGCUAUGACUCGUUACUCAAACGCAAGGAAGCUGAGUUCCGCAGAGCCAGGGUCUGCAAGAUUGCGGCGCUGAUCGCCGCCGCCGCCUGCACGGUCAUCCUGGUCAUCGUCGUGCCCAUCUGCACCAUGAAAUCGUGAGCCGGGGUGGGGGGGUGGCGUUGCACACGGCUUGGGGCCGCUGAAGUCUUCCUCCACCAUUUAACAUCAUGCGGCAGUGUGGCGGCAGCCUGCUCAAAUGGAGAUGAAAUCCUGGAGGCUUCGCGUGUGGGUGACGGCCUCAGAAAGCAUGCAUUCCUGAGAGAGCUGCCUGCCUGGGAGCUGUGACUGAAUGACACUCGGAUGCAUUUUUUUAUCGUUUUUUAAUUUUUUUAAAAGAUUUUAUUUAUUUUUGGAGGGGAAGGGAGGAAGAGAAGGAGAGAAACAUCAGUGUAUGGUUGCCUCUCAUGCGCCCCCUACUGGGGACCUGGCCCGCAACCCUGCCAUGUGCCCUGACCGGGAAUGGAACUGCUGACCCUUUGGUUCGCAGGCUGGCACACAAUCCACUGAGCCAUGUGAGCCAGGGCGUGGAGGCAUUUUUAGAAGUGCAAUAGCUUUUCUACCAAAAGAAUGUAAUGACCUAGCAGGGAUGCAAAUUGAAUUACAAGCAAAAAAAGAAAAGGAAGGGAAAGCAGGCACUUUAGUUGGGUUUCUUCCAUUUUGACGAAGUUCCCUGGUGGGGAACGCGUUACAAAGACGGUGUUGCAUACACGCCUUUGGGAGGGACACCGAGGGAGAGAGCGAGAUGAGGGGAGAAAGGGAGAAGUUCCGUUUCCCUAACGUUCUCAGCGCGCGGCGGGCGGAGCGCCGGGUGUGCGCGCACCGAGGAUGCUGGUUCUUUGCUGACUGCCUGCCACCAAGGGCUACUGACUUCUCCUUCUCGCCCUUCCGCCGUCACGACGCACGGCCCUUCCGCUGUCACGACGCACGGCACCGCAGAGGAGCCCUCCUGCACCUCUUCCCCGUGCCCACGGGAGGAAGGAGGGAGCCGAACCGCCCGCCCGGGGCAUGCAGUGCGCUCCCCUCUGCCCGACCGGCCGCGGAGUUCCGUCCAGGAGCACGUCCUGUCCCCGCCCCACGGGGUGGGGUGGGGGCCGCUCGCGGACAGGGGGCGCUCCGCAGAGCACAUCGCAGCCGCACCGCCAGGCCCCUCAUUCUCGCCCCGGCGGAGGUGUGGCUCCCCUCCUGGGUCUUCUGUCUCCCGGUGGACCCAGAGGCCCUGCCUCUCGCUCCCGAGCUGAAGAGUCUGGAACUCGUCCUUGUGCCUUGAAGCGGAGAGAGAACGGCUGGCUGCCCUCGACCUUCCGACUGGAACCCCCGGUUUGCGCACAGCGCCGAGGGCGGCCAACUCCGCGGCUCCACGGAGACGGGCAAGCUCGUCAACGGUGUGACGGGGGCGCCGAGGCGCUGCUCUCUGCCACCCCGGCCCCUCCUCCGGUUCCGAACUCUUGUGGGCAGUGCAAAACCCAGGACCUAUUUACCUGUUUAUCUAUCUAUCCGUACGUCCGUCUGAAUACCUACGUCCGGUGUGCUGUCUUCUGUGUUAGCUGCCUUGAGAGCACGGAGUCUUCAAUGUGGGGGGGCGGGGGGGGCCCACUGUCACUGCGCGGGAACCCAGCCUCUGCUCCCAGUGCUGACCGGUGCUUCGGCGUGACUGGACAGACGGAACCCUUUUCAGUAUCUGAGUUGAACGUCGGGUUCCAGGUGAAAGGAAAGGACUGACGGAAACGGGCUGCCUGACUCUCCCGAGAACCAGGCAAGGUAGAAACACGUGCUGGUAGUGAGACUGCCCACUCUGGACGAUAUGAGACAUUCCUGAACGGGAGCUUUGGAAAACAGCUCAGAUUUUAAAGCAAUAGGAGCCCAGCGUCCGUCCCCCAACCCCCCAGUAAUGCUUAGCUUGCUGUGCCUAAGUCUGUCGUGCCCAUCAGAGGUAGUCAGGGCACCUCCUGCUCCUAACCAGUAAGGGGACGGAUGCUUUCACCUGUCGGGAACCUUUAUUUUUCAGAGGUCUUCAUAUUAUCUGUUUCAGUCUCACGUUCGUUUACGGAUGUUCAACCGGGCAACUGAAACGUAAGCCUUAGCACAGAAAACUGAGGAGUUAUCACUGAGGAUGACGUGUACAUAUAUACAUAUACAUAUAUAUAUUACUGUCUAUGGUCACAAUUUUAGUCUUUUGGUGCUUGGUUUUGGGUUGGGCACAUUGAAUAAGGUAGUUUGAUCCGCCCCGAAGGGGGCUCCCGGUGACUGCCCUCGGGGGCUGGUCCUCCCAGCCGGCGUGGCUCUGGGACAUGUCCCCCUCCCGCCGUCUCCCCGCGGCCCCCAGAGCAUCGAAGGCAGGCAGGUCCCAGCAUCUUGCUCUGUGACUCGCAGGGAAGUGGAGGAGCGCUCACCCAGGACGAGAACAGCCUCGUCAAAUGCCACUCGGGCCCCUCCUUUGCCAGGUAGGGUCCUGGGGGAUGGACCAAACCAUGGUCGCCACUGCCCUCGGGUGACUCUGUCCCUAAGGGGCCCCGUCCAGUGACCGAGGGGCGGGGCCUGACUGUGAGCCCACCCGACGACGCAGGGAAGUGAAGGGCCCUGUGGCAUUUCCUUCUGCCCUUUGCACACAGGGGGAGGCACUCAGAGAAAUUUAGCUUUGCUCCGAGUCCCUCACAGCUUUUAAGUGGGCUCAACGCCAUGGGCACAGACAGAAACAUCCAGAGAGGGAGGGGCCCGGCGGUGGCCUCCAGGUGGUCUCCUCCGGGAAGGGGUCUGCUCGGCCCGACGGCGCUGGUUCUGGUGUCACAUCUGGGCCUUCGCUGCGGCUGGAAGCUUGUGGGUGCUUGGGGUCCUGGGACCUGGGGAAGGUGGCGUCCGCAGUUGGGUUCUACCACUCCUUGGACGCCGGAGCUCCUGACAGCCUCCUUUCCCCGGGGCCCAGGCCCACUCCGGCCCCUGUUUGCAGAACGGGACGGGUCCGGACCAGACUCUGUCUGGGAAGACAGGGGACAGCUGCCCUUCCCUCUCAGACCCGCCUCUCACGUCCGGCUCCCGGGAGAGCCCUGUGGUGACCCGGGAACCGGCCUGUCCCCCGCCCUGGCGGUUGGGGUGGGGGGCAACUUCUACCACACGCACAGGCAUUUCCACGUAAAGCGUCAUUUUUGUGUGUGCCUGAGCCUAAAACCAGGACACUCUCCAGAUUCAGCUCAUUCCCCUUGCAUUUUGAAAAGUGAGCCAUCAGAUGUCAUCAUCUAAGAGAUGACUUUGAAAUCCGAUGCCCUCAGCCAAUGAUACAAUUCAGACUCGCUGCACCCUCUCUUCCAGUCUUAAUUUGCUGUGAGCCCAGACUCGCAGAAAAGAAAAAAAAAAAAAAAGUUCCCAGCUCACAGGUCUCAGAUAUUUGACACCAGUACCCCCUGUCUCUCAACUGCAAACACAGUCAAGCAAAUCACACGUAUCGCCCGUUACUGGCCGAUCAUCACUGACUAGUAUUUUAGGGCACGCGGCUCCGAGAUUGGUAACCGGGAGGCUCGUUUCCCGGAUGUGCUGACUCACACUCACUGUCCUGGACGUGCCGGACGUCCCGGGACCGGUACUGGAAUCGAAGCUGCGCUGCUUUGUUUACAGUUCAUCAGCCUAAGAACAAUGGCCCCUCGGUUUAGUAACAACGACAACCAAAGCUCUGCCAACAGUGAGUGGUUCUCAGUGGCCUAAACACUUGUGAGUGGUGACCAUUCAACAGCAGGGGUCUCGUGACAACCGGCCUGCAAGAAGACCGCGGUCCACCGUGCGAACACCAAACCAGUAUAUGCUGUGUAUUGUGCUACGGGAACCUUGUCUUUAAAGGCCAAGAGAUGAGUAAUUACUGGUACAGUUGGAGAGAGGGUACGUUUAUUCACGACGAGCAGUGCCAUCCCCUUCCUUAUUUAUGCCUUAUGGACAGGAGGGCGUGAAGCGUGAGGGGGUGUUGACGUGUGGGACCCCGAAGGAGCGGCACCUGGGAGGGCGGGGAGGGACCUGUCUUAGAAUUCUGGGUCCGUCCGGUACGACUCAGCACACUCCUGGUGCUCGACCGACGUCAUAUCCACACCAGUAACUAAGCACACUUUUAGACCCUUUUUCAAACGGCUUGUGUAAAACUUGGUUCAUGUUCAACGGUUGGUUUGAAGCUAUCCUGUAAAAAUCUGCCUCUCCAAGUAAU